AUGGCCUCCGAGGAUCUUACUCCGAUUCUAUUCUACACCGAUAGCGCCCAAUUUGGCGAAUUCUCCAACUACUACAAGCCAGCCUCACCUAUUACUUGGGAAGGUGCAAAGUACCCGACAUCGGAGCACGCAUUCCAAGCCGCGAAAUUCAAAUACCCCGGAGCAGAUAAACAUUCACUCGCAUAUGCGGAAGAGAUUCGAAAAGCGUCAACUCCCAACAAGGCCCGAUAUCUCGACAAGGGCGUGCGUUUCCGGCCGUCGUGGGAGACGGUACGAGAUGAUGUGAUGCGAGAUAUUUUGGGUUGCAAGUUUACUCAGGAUGCGCAUUGUCGUGCGCUGCUGGUCGGUACCGGCCAGCGUCCCAUCGUUGAACACACCAAACGAGAUAGCUACUGGGGAGAUGGUGGGGAUGGGACCGGCCAGAACAAAUUGGGAAAGAUGUUGAUGGAGGUUCGGGACGCUUUGAAGUCAUGA